AUGUUGAUGCUAUCUCGUUCGUUUGUGUAUAUAAUAUGUAUAUCAAUAUCGUUAAUAAAUACCGAAACAAUACCGCGAUUUGAUAUGCGUGAUAAAGAUGGAAUUAUUUUUGAUCCAAUAGCACCACGUGCUGGUGAACGAUUGACUGCAACUUGUACAUUAGUUGGUUUGACAUCUAAUGAUAAACGUCAUGUUGAAUGGGCAUUAAAAAGAUUUAAUGAUGGAAAAAAUUUUACAUUAGCUGUUGAUACUGAUGUUUUACAAUUUAAUCAACCGGUUCCUCGUUUACAAGCUAUUCAUGCAACUGAAUCAUCUGAGUGGACUUUGAUAUUUGAUCCACUUGACCGAGAUGAUCUUGGCAAUUUAACAUGUCGUUUGACGGAUACUAAUUCAAGAGAAAUAUACUUGACACGUUUUCUUAAUGUGAUCAGCGAACCACUUGUUCUUGAAUCAUCAACAAAAGACAUCGAAGUCAACGAAGGUGAUUCAGUUACACUUAUUUGUAAUGCUCAAGGAUAUCCAUCACCAACUAUCGAAUGGCAAAAAGCUGACGCACAACCUCUUAGCUCAGGUCACAUUAGACAGAUGGGUUCUCAAUUAGAUUUGCAUCAAGUAACACGUAGAGAAAGUGGAAUUUAUAAAUGUUUGGCUAGUAAUUUGGUUGGCUUUGGUAGUGAAUGGACACUGAAACUUUCAGUAAGAUUUCGUCCAUAUGUAUAUUGUGAACGUGAUGUCGGUCAAGCGACAGACUUUCAAGUUGACGCCUAUGUGGAAUGUUACGUUUACGGUUAUCCUCCGCCGAAAAUUUCUUGGCGUAAAGAACAAAGUGCUGGUGUUCCAAAUAUGAAAUAUUACACAAAUAUUUGGAACUCACAGGAAUAUUUAAUCGAAGCAACCAUACCGGAAAUGUCAAUAUGUACUGAUUGUAUUUUAUCACGUUUAACGAUUAUUAAUUUUAAACAAGCCGAUUUGGGUAAUUAUUAUAUAAAUGCAACAGCGCCGAAUUUUCCAUCGGAAUUUGGAAGAGUCACACUUUAUCAAACGUCUGAUUGUCAACAAUUUGUGACUCAUCGAAAUAAUAAAGGCUCUUUUGUUUUGUUUAUUCAAUUAUUUUAA